CGGGAAACCUCAUAUCAGUUUUAGAAAGAAGGAAAAUUAGUAACAUGACGCAUUUCAGUUUGCAAUAAUAAACUUCAACAUUGAGACUAUCGUGUGUGAACUUUAAAACAUGUAUCCAAAAAAUGUGCUUUAUGUGUGUUUGAUUAUUUGGUUUACAAAAUCAAAAGGACAAAAUGAUUAUUUUGUAACUAAAAAAUAUAAUGACAAAAGUGUUUACUGCGUAACCAAUAGUUCUUCCGCAUUAAGUUGGGUAAAAGAACCCAUAGAAGAAACGCUUUAUUCAGCUUCACGUUCGCAAUUUAUUCCGUCCACAUCCAACAAUAAUUUUGAUUGUACAAUCGAAAAAAACGAUAGAAAUACUUUUGAUUUCAUAAAACCGCCUUGGAUGGUAAAAAACUCUCUGGAAGCAAAUUUUAAUAAAGUUGUUUUAGAUGAAAGAUGGGAAGAAAUAAAUAUAGAAAUGACGGAAGAAACUAGACAGAAGAAAAGUAAACUUUUAAAAUAUAUUCCAGUUUUAGAAAUAAAUAAUACAAAUUUUGAAAUUCCACUAUCUAUUCGUAUUAAACAAGAAGCUCACAUAUUUCUAUGCGAUGGAGAAAAUCCUCCAKAUUCAAAUUGUUACUGGCUUAUGUUGCAAGCRUGGAGUGGAYACACUACAGCACUACGAAAAUGUUCAGUUGAGGACAUACCCAGUGAGAAAGAAAAAUAUCCUCAGAAAAAAUCCUGUAAAGACCCAAAAUUGUCUAUUAAGCAUCKAASAGUUCCUCYUUACCUUUUCGCAAACAAAUGGAGCCACUUUAAACUUAAGAAAYAAGAAAACAAAAUAACAUUCACACAAAUUAAGCGACAUGCUUCUGAAGAAAUCUUCAACUGGGAAGAUAAAGAAGAAAAUAUAAACGUGAAACACAUGAUUAUACACAAAUGGAUUUAUCAAGAAUGCAAACAAAUAAAAAUUUGUACUGAAAAUGAAUGCACAUGCUCUGCAGGUUAUAGAAAUUAUGAAGGAUAUGACUGCUAUUAUYAUUGUGAAUAUGGAACUUAUGGACAUGGAUGCAGGAAAAAAUGUGGAAAUUGUUAUUAUGGCAGAAAUAAUUGUGAUAGGAUCGAUGGAACCUGCGAUAGAAACCAAUGUGAAAUAAAUUACUCAGGCCCAAAAUGUGACAAAAGAUCAACAGUAACUUUUCUACAAGCACCGUCAGUUACAAGCAUUACUUACACAAGUGCCACUGUAAUAUUAACAAAUUUUACAGUUGAAAAUGAUUUAAAUGUAGAAAUAACUGGAUAUUUAUUUCAAUAUAAAGAAGCAGAUAAUCAGAUUAAGAAUUGGGAAAAUACUAAUUUACUUUAUUUUGGACAAAUCACACCGACAACAAUUUCUGAUUUAAAACCAGACACAAAAUACUUCGUUCGGGCUGUUAUCAAGUCUUCAGAUGGUAAAAUCUACAGUGAUUACGUCGAAAAGUAUAUAGAUUUUACAACAAAAUGCGAAGAUGUGACUAAAAAUCAAGUUGAUAUCACACCAUCAAACACAAGUGCAACUGUUUUAAUCCAGAGGAAAGAAAAUACGUGCAAAUUAACUAAAUACUCAGUUAAUGUGGCCGAUAUUGGGAAAGGAAAUAUUUUAAACGAAAGUGCAAUCAUUUUUGACAAAUUGAAACCAUUCACUCAUUACACUUUUAAUUUAAUCAUCAGUGACAAAGUGAACAUAGAAAAAAAAUUUCAAACGACUGAAGGAGUGCCUCAACAAAUUUCUAGCUUAAUUAUCACCAAUGUAUCUGAAACGUCCAUCGAUAUUAAAUGGUCAAAACCGGAAUUAAUAAACGGCCGUUUCAAACAUUACGUCGUUGAAUAUCAGCGGAUUUAUUCCCGAGCGUGCAAUCAAAAUUUGUUACCACCACCAAACCCAAAAAAAACUAAAACGGCCAGCGAUUACAUCACAUUACAAGACCUAACUCCUUAUUCGAAUUACAAAAUAACUGUUUUUGUCAAAAAUUCGAAAUUUAAAGGUCCUCCAAUCACUCAAUAUGAAAAUACAUUAUCAUCAAAUAAAAUCGAAACGAAUGAAAUUCCCAAAAUUGGACAAAUUAGUGCAAGUCAUUAUGCAGCCAGAAUAAUUUUUUUGAAAACUCGAUGUGAGGACAUGAACGGCCCUUUGUGGUUUCAAGUGAAUUAUAAUUGUACGAAUCCAUGGUGUCCAACUUCUAUUAUCAAUCUCUCUCUAGUAGAGUAUAAUUUUAAGACGACUUACUAUGAUUUAAAUAACCUACAAGCAUUUUCAAAUUAUACGGUACAAAUGAAGUUCUGCAGAAAUGAGAGUUGUGAUAAUUAUGUUACCGAAUAUUCAAAAUUUAAAACAAAACCAAGCGUGCCAAACGAAGUCAGAGAUUUGUUAGUUUACUCAAAAAAUGAAAAUUCUGUUUCUUUGAGGUGGAAACCUCCUUAUCCACCAACAGGUAUUUUAAGUGAAUACAAGAUUAUUUAUAAAUUUUAUAAUAAUUACUACCGAUUGGAAAAUACAAAAAUAACAAAAUGCCAUUUAUGGCCUAAAUUUUAUUGUGCUAAUGUGAUUAAUUUAAGGUCUAGUAAAACAUAUACUUUCGAGAUUUCCGGUAAAAAUCUUGAACCAACUGAUUUUGGACGAAAGAAAUCAAUUGAAGCUUUUACGGAAACAGGAAAAUCAGAGCCUCCUUACGACUUAAAGAUGAAAUGGACGACAAAAAAUGAUUUAGAACUAGAGUGGAAACAUCCCAACGUAACAAAUGGGGAAAUUGAGUAUUUUAGCAUCGGAUUGUUUGGCACAGGUUCAGAUUUUUCACAAAAUCUACUAAUAAACAACUACAACUUAACUUAUCACUUUAAAAUUAACUCUAAAGAAAUUCGACCAACUAUUGAUUACACGUUACAAAUUGCAGCUUGUAAUAGAAAAAAUGAGGGAAAAUCCUUAAUUGGAAAUAAUACGAGUCCACCUGAUAUUCCACAACUUGAUGAUCUCCAAACUGAAACCUCUAACGAAACAAUUCUUGUCAAAAUUGUCCCCAAAAAACUGCGAGGAAAAACAGAUCUUUCACAAUUAAUGUUGUUUAUUUCUGAAAAAACUACCAACGCCAAAUUGGAGAAUAAUGUUGUGACUGGAUUAGACAAUUUCAGACUUGUGUCUAAUUGCACUUUAAAAACAACUUCUUUUAAACAUCUGACUAUUGGAAACAGCCAACAAUGGACCCAAUGUACUAGAAUUGAUAAUCCCCCCUUAAAACCCGGAACUCACUACAACAUAUCUGUAGUUUUAAUCAAUUUUUUCGGUCAAACAAACCGAACAAAUCUAUUUACAAUAAGCACAACGACAACAGGCACUCCAAUUUACUCAGGCCCAAAUUUAAAUUUGCUUGCGUUACUGGUUUUAUUAUUUAUCAUACCUUUGAUUAUAAUUUUGUACAUAAAAAGACAAGUUAUUUUAUCUUUGAUCUUGAAUCCAGGAGAAAACACAAGUCAAGUUUUAGACGUAAAAGAUGACCAAAUUCCUCUAACAGGCCUAAAACCCGAACCACCGCAAAAAAGAAACCCCAAAAUCGCAGUGAAACCUAAAAUCCACUCCAAAUGCAUUAAAAUCACCGAAUUUGAAGAGUAUGUGAAAGAAUCGAUUCAAAGUGGCGAAUUGGAACGCCAACACGCUUUGUUUCCUCGUGGCCAAACCAACCCCUGGAAUUACGGUACUUUAAGAGAGAACAAAUCCAAAAAUCGUUACAAUAAUUUAAUAGCAUAUGACCACAGUCGAGUUAUUCUUGAAAAAAUCAACGGGGAUUCCCACUCUGACUACAUCAAUGCGAGUUACAUUGACGGUCACAAAGUACCAAAAGCUUACAUUGCGACUCAAGGCCCUAAAGCCGCCACACUUGACGAUUUUUGGCGAAUGAUUUGGGAAAAAAACGUGAUGCACAUUGCGAAUCUCGCCAAUGUUUAUGAAGGGGGAAAGAAAAAAGUCGAAAAAUAUUGGCCCGACAUCAACGAAACCCUCAAAUUUGGUCCCAUUUCCGUUCAACACCUCUCAACUCAAGUUUUCGCCGACUACGAACAUCGAACCUUCUCCAUAUCCCAAAACAACGAAAUCAGAAAAGUCGACCAACUACACUUCAUGUCAUGGCCGGACCACGGAGUUCCUCUCUACUCCCAAAGUUUGGUACCCUUUUUGCAAAAACUCCUCAAAAUCCCUCUCAGCACCACUUUCCCAAUCGUGGUUCAUUGCAGUGCUGGAGUUGGUAGAACCGGAACCAUCCUCUUGUGUGACAUCAGCCUGAGAAUGGCAGCCCGCGAGGGCAGUAUUGACGUUUUACGCAAUUUGGAACACUUGAGACACCAAAGGGCCAACAUGGUCGACAACAUUGAACAGUACAAAUUGGCCCAUUUGGUGAUUUUGGAAUGUUUGGUUGGUAUGCACACUAGUAUCAACUGUAGCGAAAUCAAAGACUCAAUUAACCGGAUUUUGACAAAUGGGACAACAACUUUACAGUUGAGAUAUUUAAAAGACACCCAAUGGCAAGACCAAGCGAUGAAAACAGUGGGACAAACCAACGAAGAAGUGCCCAUAAUUGAGGAAAAAAAUCGCUUCAAGGAAAUCAUCCCUGAAAUCCAAGGCCGGGUUUUUCUCUCCCGUUUUCCCAGCAAUGAUGACACUUCGUCGUAUAUAAACGCAGUCAAAGUUGACGGUUUUCGGUCCCCUGGUCGAUUUAUAGUCACCCAACAACCAAUGCCCAACACUGUGGGCGACUUUUGGCGACUUAUCGACGAAAAUAACAUCAGUGUUAUUUUGUCUCUCAACGAAGUAAAUCUCAAAGAAAAGACUUCGUGUAGGUUUUGGCCCACACGUAGCCAACCUGAAAUGACUCCAGUCCCCCACAUCACCCUCAAAUACAUCAACAUUGCCCCUUCUGAAAGCUGCAAUAUCACAACCGUUCAUUUAAUUGCAAAUUCUAGGAAAGAGCAUCUUUCAGUCCAAAUAAUUUCAAUCAAACAUUGGCCACCGGGGAAUCACUGCCCGGAUAAUACCGGUCAUUUUAUAACAUUUUGGGAGGAAUCUGAUGCGAUAAGUCGCAGAUCAAAUCCAGUCCUUGUAACUUGCUUUGAUGGAGUUACAGCAUCGGGUUUAUACGUGGCCUUGUCUUUCGUUAUCGAAAAAAUGAAAUUAGAGCAAGUUUGUGAUGUUUGUCAAGCUGUAAGAAGUGUGCGACAUAAUCGGGAACAGUUUGUUCAAAACGUGGAACAGUUUGAGUUUUUGUAUAAAGCGGCAUUGCUUUAUAUUGACAAAUUUCAAGAAUACGCCAAUUUUAAUUAAAAACUUAUUCCAACUAAUUAAAAGCAAUAAAUAUAUUUUUACUUUCU